AGUUUGUCGCAUGGCCACAAUCCCAAUUUGCAAUGGGAAACCUCGUUAAUUUGGACAUUCAAUCUCAAUAUUCUAAAUACAGCAUGAUCUAUUCAAACGCAGCAUACCACUCUGCCUACAAUUUAUAAGCAACAUUUUGUGUUUCGGAAACAAUUUUUACGAACUGAGAUACAAUCUGAAGAUUAAUUUAGAUUGUAUUCUUAGUUUUACUUUUUAAAUGAAAAUCUAGAUUACCUUUAAAAAUUGCUUUUUCUCUGAUAGGGAAUUGUUGUCCAUUGAAGAGAAACUUUGUAACAACAUUAUUUCCUCAUUUUCUGAUAAUUUCUGUUUCUGAGUAGUUUUCAAAGUCUUGUUUUUCCAAAUUAUCCUAACCAACGUCAAUUUGAGUUUUGAGUCCUAUACAAAAUUCUUCAAAUAAAAAUGUCUUCUUCUAAGGUCUCGAUGUUGUUUUUUCUUUGUUCGAUCACAAUUUCUCUGGUGGCCGUCGUUGCCUCAGCCGGUAAUUUCUAUCAAGACUAUGAGGUUAUGUUCGGCGAUCAACACGCUAAGGUUCUCGAAAAUGGACAAAUUAUCACACUCGCACUUGACAAAUCUUCUGGAGCAGGUUUCAAAUCAAAGAAUGCGUACUUAUUUGGAAAGUUUGAUAUGCAAAUCAAGUUGCAACCUGGGAACUCAGCUGGUACCGUGACAACAUUUUACUUAUCUUCUUCAGGUGCAAAUCAUGAUGAGAUUGACUUUGAGUUUCUGGGGAACUCAACUGGGGAACCCUACACUAUCCAUACUAAUGUCUACGCCCAAGGACAAGGGCUCAAGGAACAACAAUUCCAUCUGUGGUUCGAUCCCACUCAGGACUUCCACACCUACUCCAUUGUUUGGAACACCAAGCGCAUUAUAUUCUUGGUAGAUGACAGUCCAAUUAGAGUGUUCAACAACUUGGAAUCAAUUGGUCUUCCAUUCCCUAAAAACCAAUCCAUGGGGAUUUAUGCAACCUUUUGGAAUGCCGAUGACUGGGCAACACAAGGUGGGCGUGUGAAGACUGACUGGAGCCUAGCUCCUUUCACUGCCUCUUACAGAAACUUCAACAUCAACGCUUGCCCUGGGUCACAAGGACCAUCUUGUACGUCCACAUCUACGGAAAGAUCAGCAGUCGGCUCUUCAUGGAAGAACCAAGGGCUCAAUGCUGCAGAGCGAAACAGGCUUCGAUGGGUGCAGAGCAAGUUCAUGGUCUAUGACUACUGCACUGACCGUAUUAAGUUCAACAAAGGUCUCCCUCGCGAAUGCAAGCAUUCAAGAAUCUAAGGCUUCUAGGGAAAGCAGUGCCAAAUGAUCCCACAUUCCGUGUUCUUUCUUUCUUUGUGCAACUUAUCUAAUCUCUCUAAUAUAUCUACUUGACCACAAAAACAAAACUCUCUAACAUCUAAUUAAUUCUUCCCAUGGGAUUACAAAAAUAUAGUCAGGACAAAACAGUAACAAUGUUGCAUGAAGAAAGCUUUGGCCUUUGAAGUUUGAAAAUAGCUAUCUCAUGCAUUCAUUGACAUGUAUUUGUAGAAUUAUCAAAGAGACGGGCCAAAGGCCCACUUCCAACAACA